GACCCUGGCACUGCGCGCGCAUGCGCAGUUCGCGGGGGGGCAGUGCCGUGUUUCGGCGGCCGCUGCUGCCCCCCGGUGACCGGCCCUCGGCACGGCUGGUGCGGACCCGGCGCUCCGGCACGGCGGGGCUGCCUCCCGUGAGGGAGCGCAAAGAGCGGAACUGCGGCCCGGCUGCCGCUCUGCUUUCAGGCGCCGGCCCUGGAGCCCGGGGGGCAGGGGGCGGACAGGUGCAAAACAGAAAGUGCAUUGAAGAUGUGAUACACUUUGCCUGUGAAGAGAAACUUGUUCUUCUGGCUGAUGAGGUUUAUCAGGACAAUGUGUACUCUGAGGGAUGCCAGUUCCAUUCUUUCAAAAAGAUUCUGUAUGAGGUAGGGCCUGAGUACUAUAACAAUGUUGAGAUGGCCUCUUUUCACUCCACCUCUAAGGGAUACAUGGGCAGAGGCUACAGAGGACGUUAUGUGGAGGUCAUUUACUUGCACCCAGAAAUUAAAGGACAACUUGUUAAGCUGCUUUCUGCUCGCCUUUGUGCCCAAGUCUCAGGACAAGCAGCAAUGGAUAUUGUAGUGAGUCCUCCAAUACCUGGAGAAGAAUCUUAUGCACAGUUCAUAGAGGAGAAAGAGUCUGUUUUGAACAAUCUUGCCAAAAAAGCCAUACUAACAGAAGACAUGUUUAACAAGAUACCAGGCAUUCACUGCAAUCCUCUUCAAGGAGCUAUGUAUGCUUUCCCACGGAUCUUUAUUCCUUCCAAAGCCAUUGAGGAAGCAAAGGCUCAUAAAGUGGCACCUAAUAUGUUCUAUUGCAUGAAACUUCUGGAAGAGACUGGAAUAUGUGUUGUACCUGGAAGUGGAUCUGGCCAGAGAGAAGGAACCCACCAUUUCAGGUACAGUUUCUGCUUGUUUGAAAUCAAAUUAACAGUAAUAAGCAAAGUACCAUCCAAGUACUUUCUCUUUUGAUUAAAUACAAGGAUUUUUAUUUCAGUGUGCAUUGUCUCACUUUAAACCGGACAGUUUCUGUGGUCUGACAUCUAGGCCAAAGACCUCGUCUGCUAGAUGAGCUAUUCAGGUUUUUGUGGUGUUUUCAUAGCUUGCUGACAUAAUUUUAUUCUAUUUUUAUACACUGGCAUUUGAAAUACCUUCUCCAGGAAUACAAACAAUAAUAAUAGCUUAGACUUUAAUCUUAAAAUUGGCUAUAGAAUUACAAAAAUUGCUCUGCAUUCUUUGAGAGGAGGGGGGAUUAAACAGUGUUUCCAUAUGAAGAAACUGCAUUAAAAGUGCAGUAUUUUCCCUAUAGAACUGCUCCUUAAAAACACUAAAUAACUUCACUUUACCAAAACAAGAUGUUGAGCUAAAUAAUCUGAUACCAAAACUGUGAACAUAAACUCGGUUGCUUUUGUUUCCAAUAGGCGGCACUUCACUCCAGCCAAGCCACUGAUAGCUGGAAUUUAUCAUGGAAUUUAGUCUUCUUCAAUCUGAAAAAAUAUAACAGAGGGUAUCUUUAGCCUUGGUAGUUCUGCAACACAGCCAGCUGGGUGAGAUAUCUGGGUACAUGCAGCUCCAGGAAAAGCCAGUGAGUCCAUUCCUGCACCAGUGUGGGAAAAACACUCUGUUCUGUAGGUCUUGCACACAAUCUGCCGUAAAUACUCCAUGGGAUUUUCAUAUCAUGCAGGAGAAGGAAAAAAGGGACUAAAAACUGCGGAGUGGG